CAUAAAUUAAUGGUGAUGCUCGUGACGCUCCCCUCCCUCAUAGAGGAUUGUGAUACCGAUUUGUAAUAGCGAUGUUCUACGUAUCCUGAUUUGCCUGUAUCUCAAGCCCCAUGUUUUCGGUCGCAAACGAGUCCAAAGGAGCAUAUUUGAGAUUAUUCAUUUACAGACGAGGCUGGCAAGGUCAUUAAUAAUAAAUAAAAAUAAAUAAAAGCACAGAAAAAGUAGAAACAAGACUCAGCUCCGGUACACAAGCGCAAGGAGAGCACGAAAGCAGCAGCUAUUGUUUCAUGACACGAGGCCGGGACGUAAUAUUACACAGAAUAUCUUUGUUAAACAACCCAAAUAAUAUUAUAUAUUAUCUAACAGUUUGUACUUGGCAAGUAACUCGGCCUUGCCUGUAUUUAUAGUUACUCACCCUGCACUCACUCCAUAGGUAGAUUGUUUUAGUUGUGGAGAAAAGGUUGUACCAGAGUCCUACCAGAGCCCUAUUAGCAACAUGGUAGUUAACACUAUGUCGAUGAGUAUUUACAGUUUUUUUGCAAUUCUUUAAUAUAAUCCAUAGAAGAAAUGAAAGCAAAUUGAACAAUGCGAUGGAACUUGUAAGAACUCCAUCUCCCAUUAUGAGGAUAUCAGCUGCUAAUUCUACGCUUGCUACCACCGGCUACGCUAUUACUCCGGUUAUUGACAAGAAUUCGGCGUAUAGACAUUAUACGAAGCUGGGACCUCUGAAAGCAUCAUCUCGACCACCUUGUUGGUCCAUCUCAUCUCAUCUCACCCAUCUUGCUGAUUCCAGUCAUCUCACUCGUCAGUAUUUUGGCCCACGAGGUUGAGAGCGUAGAAAAAGGUGGAGACAGUGUGGUAGCAGCUCCUUUCCAAAGGAAUACGCGUGAGUAAAUUUUAGAGUUAUUUUUUUACUCGUGGGUCAAACACUUUGGGGGGGAGGGGCAGGCCGGGUAAAAAGAACUGGGACAGACGGCAAUUGGUGAUGCUGGUGCCGUGUAAACGGGACAAAAGAGAUGUGGUGGAUGUGGAGUUCCGGGGAAGCCGAAGGUUUCGAGCAAACAUGCUUUGCUGUGCUACUGUACAGUACCGCUCAACAACUGAUCGGCGUUAGGCAGCAGCCAACAGGCCAACGCUCGUAACACGCAAGUAGAUGAGAGAGACAAAGGACGAAACACAGCCAAGGAAUCCUGAAUAUCAGCAAACGCCGUCGUGCUGGGUUG